AUGCCAAAAUCACUGACAAUAACUAAAUGGCCAAUGUACAAUGACAGCCCUCCAACAACUGAACAGCAAACAGGAUCCACACCUGCAACAAAUAGCCCUCCAAGAGGUCCCACCCUCGCAGAAUCUAGUGAACAGCAAACAGGACCCACCCUUGAAACAGAGAACCCUCCAAAAGGUCCCCCCACAACAGAAUCUACUGAACAGCAACUAGGACCCACACCUGUAGUUGUUGAAGAGCCCACCAUAGCAGCUUCUACUGAAAAGCAAACAGAUCCUAGCAAUGCUUCUAAUUCCACCACAUCUGAGAAUGCAUUUACCAAAAACAACAUUAUUUCUCACCGUUUACUGUUUGCUACAAAAAAUGUCAGCCCCCCAUCGACUGAAAAAGAAAAGAUUCCUACUGAAAGUGAACAGAUUCCUACUGAAAAUGAGGCAAUUCCAACCAAUACUGAGAUCCCUCCUACAACUGAAAAAGAGCAGAUUCUUGCUGAAAAUGAAGAGAUUCCUACUGAAAAUGAGCAUAUUCCAACCAAUAUUGAAAUAACGCCUGUUCUUGAGAAUGAGGCCAUUCCACCCAAUACUGAGAUGCCCCCUACUACUGACUCUGAACCUAUUCCAACACCUCCCAGUCCUGAAAAAAACCCUGCAGAAGAUGAAACAGACGAUGAUGAAGAGGUUCCAAUUGGUGUGCUGAGGGCCAGGGCAAGGAAAAGUGCCCAAGCGUAUGUUCAUUGA